GCUUGGGUUUAGCCCGCAUACCCGGCUGUCUUUACAUAGGAGUCUCCUCGCCCUGCACCUGGCUGAUUAGCAGGCAGGUGAUGGCAAACCUCCUGCGACAGGCGGCGAAGGGCGAGCGAUAAGUGCUCUUGUUGAUCGUCGUGCUUUCCGGUGCAAUCUUCCGCUUUGUACCUAGGUUUCAUCUGAAGUGCUUGGCGGAGAAUCGACUUGACGCGUUCCAUCAAAGAGCCGCAGCGCUACGUGCUCAAUUGCGCUGGCUGACAAUCCAGAGGGAGCAGAAACCAUGUUCAACGAAACAAAAAGAUCGGACACCGCCGCUGGUACUGUAGGCGGAUCUGCUUCCUGGGACGCGAGUGAUGGCCAAUUCUGGACAGCGCUCAGCACUGACGUCGAGGAAGUCGUGCAGCAACAUCCUUCUCUGGCGGCCGCUCCCUCGAUGGGCCUACCAAUGCGGAAAUCAAGCGCUCACCAUAUCAGCGCCGCGUACGCCGAGACUUGCGAGCAGGGUACUACCUCGUAUAGUCGUAUGGCGCAGGACGCGCCUGAAGCUGGCUCUCAAACGGACCCGUCCCUUCCGACGUCAGCCUUGGCGCAAUCGCGAGAAAACGACGCGCGCUCCCAUGCAAUGACAUUAGCACACUCCACCACUGACUCCGAACCGCGCCCUAGCUGGUACUCUUCGGUCUCACGGCGCCCUCGCCGCCGUAUAAACAGCAUAAAAUCCCUCAAUUCAACAGUUUGUUCUCCACAUGAAGACGAUGUACCCCCACCACCACCUGGAUUGGCCAGGCUAAGGAAGGGGAGCAGCAAUUCUUCUCUCCGCGCUAGAGCUGCUGCGUCUGCUGUUGGCUCCGGAGCUGCAGGUGCUGCUGUGGGUGCUGAUCCCAACCUGCUUGAUGCGGCUCAGAACGGAUCAAGGGCGUCGCCUUCUUCCGCUGGUCAAGCGAGCCCACAGUCUCCGAACGCUUCCAUCAGUAACCCUUGCUUCCUGCCUUCGCUUCCCGAUCUACUCGAGGCUUCCGUUGCCGGGCCGAGCAACGGCUUAGGCAACAGGGGCGGCCGCAGCGCCAUCGCCAACCCCUUAAUAUCCAACAAAAAUACGGCGCGCUACCACCGUCCGACAGCUUCGCUCAGCACUCUGCUCUCCGGGCCGACGCUAACCAGGCCGCGAUCGCGGUCGACGUUCUCCCGCUCUCCAUCCCUGUCUGGCGGUUCUGCGAGCACAUCCACAUCGACCUCGCUAUCGCUCGCAGAUGAGGCACUCGCCUCUGUCCCGCCUCCAAGGCCCCCACGUCCCGACUCAGAUGCCAUGGGCAUCAGCACAAGGCGCAGCCGCACACUGGACGAAUUCAUGCCAGCUACCGGAUCCAAUCCAUGCGGAGAAAUUUCCGCUUCGAGCUCUGCGUUGCCCUCGGGCUCCGCGUCAGCAUCAGCCGCAAGCCAAGGCUUCAGCUCGGACAGUGACGAUGACGAGUGGCGCGAGCGGCGAACGACGUCACAUGGAGCGGGGCGAGACUCUACUUCCGCUGCAGCGGCCCCAGCCGCAGCCGCAUUCUCCCAAGCGGGUUCGCAUGCGCGUAAACGCUCUCAAUCGCGUUUCGCAGGCCUAGGAUUUGCCUCCGUCCGGAGCUCUCUGAUAUCCAACAGCAGCGGCAAUCUGAGCAAAAUCGUCAGCGGCACCGCCAGCCGAAGCUCCAGUGCUCUUGGCGUCGCUAGUUCUGGCACACUCAGCUCUCGUGAGAGUAGUCCCGCUACCUGCGCUGACGAAGGCCAUGGCACCAUCAGGUUGCGAAGUCGCAAGAGUCCCGCUACAGGAGCCGGGGUUGGUGAGGAUGCUCGUAGCAGCCGCCAUAGAACCGGCAGCGGAACGGUCAGGGUUUCAGCCACUGGUCUCUUCUUGUCGCGAGGAAGAAACUCUUCCAUGGAAGCUUUUGGCGAGGGCUCUAUCGCGGACAUAUCGGCUGAGUCGGCGGCCCCCGAGCAAGUUUUGACAAUGUCCCGAGCGCCAAAAAAGCACAAUACCGAUACGGCGAUAUCAACUAAUGUCGACAGUUCGAACAAGGUCGAACAAAAUGGAAAAAGAAGCGUGAUAAGUCGCCUCAAGAUGCUUGCUCUGCGUAAAAAGGAGUGGGCGGACAAGGGGCAACAAAAGGAGCAGGACAAGGGAAGGCAGAUAUCAUGUGAGCUCCUCAAGGAGGAAACGAAGAGCAGGGACGUUGCAACGAGCGAGAAGCUAAGCGGUAACGUAGGAAACGACACGAGAGGAGAUGACGCUGCCAGCGUGUCUGCUAGGACGAGUCUGAGCCUCAGCAUUCGCAGCAGCUUCUCCAGCAUACGCUCUUUCUCAACGCGAGACAAGCGGGCUUCCACGCAGCUCAGCCUGCCGAGCGGAGCGCCUGCGAGUCCUCUCAAGUUGCCGGUGGCAUCGAUGCCUUCGUCCCCACGAGCAAUUGUGUUCGCGGCCGCAGCAGGAAUGGAAGAGGAUGCGCUGUCGCAACAACAGUCAUGGAAGUCGCUACUAGAGCAAGGCGUCGCCGCUGACUUGGACACAACCAACGACAAAAUGUAUGCAACGGUGACAGCGACAGGAGACCCAGACAAGGCGCAUGCACUUCUGCUCGACGAAUUGGGCAUGGAGGAUGAUGACGGCACGAUGCGCGCAACUCGCAAGGCCAAAUCUGCGAUCAAUCGCCAGAAAAUACAGCAGGCACGCAGUAUGUAUGGCGCUGGGUGUACUAGCGACGCUCUCCCUGUGUUACCCACCACUGCGCUGUUCCGGAACGGCUCCACAUCCUCUAGCGGUGCGUCCGCUUUCUUCUCUGCGGACUCGGGCGGAGAGUGUAGCGAGGCCAAUACGCCGCGCGCUGAGAAGCAUGCAUUCGAUUUCGGCAAUGCGGAUGCUGAUGCAGCCGCCUUGGCGGAUGCCACGCUUGGGCCCGGUGGUUUGGGAACAGACCUCGAGCGCAAAACCUCAGGUGCGAGUAGUCGGUCGCUCUCCAGCAGUCGGCUCGGCUUUCGCCACAGCAUAUUCAACAGCAGCAUCUCGUGUUCUGUUGAUGGGCAUAGUGGGUCGGCGACACCGGGCUUCGAAUUUUCAUACGGCCAUGCAUACACGACAGACGAGGAGGGGAAAGGGGCAGUCGCUACGGCGGCAAACGCAGAAGCCACAGGACCAGGGGAGAUGAAGCAGGUCGAAUAUAUUCUACGAUCUAAGCUGGCCGGGCGCGAUGCAUUCGCGCCGCUGGACACACGUGGGCUUGGCAAGGAAAAGAAAAUGACCGUGAUUGAGAGCCCGACGGGUGGCGACGCAAGCGGCCUUGCGAGAAGUAUGUCUGUCACAAGUAGCCUCAACAGCGUCGAUGCAGCCGGACGCUAUGGCGCCAACUUUCACAUCAGGACCGGCAGUUUUCGGAGUCUCGCACCGAGCCUACUAGGCUCGGAUGCCGCCAGCAUCAUAUCUGCUGUGUACGAGCAAGCGCCAACAACACUUGAGCUGGAGUGGCGAGAAGAACGGGAAAAAGAAGAGAACUUCUGGUCUACAAUUGGGCAAUCGCAAUUUGAGGCUGAGGAAGCGCAAGACCCUUGUUUGCCGUACGGUACGACCGUGCUGGUCCGGCCACCGUCUGUGAGCACAGCCACCUCCGUCCGCGAGCUUUCGUUACCCGCACAAUUGGCGCAUAUGGACGACAGGCAGAAGAGGUCGCUCGUGCACGAGCUUGCAGAGCGCGAGCUUUGGUGGGAAAUUUGCCACGCACACACCUAUGAGGAUCAGCAAGCCAGCUUCCCGAUGCUUCAAUGCCUGCUGCGCUCGCAACCUGGCGCGGAGGCAUUCUUUCGCAAAGCCAUUCUGCCCAUCGCAAAGUCAUGGCAUGAAAAAAAGGUCAGCAGGUAUGUGGAUCGGCAUGGAGAAGGCGACGCUACUCGCUUCAGCGCAGUUUCGACUGUCAGCUGCCUUCAACAGACCACAGUUUCCAUCCUGGCACACCUCUAUGCUUGGCAGCUUUGCGGCCUGACGCCCGUUGAGGAGAUUCCUCAGCUGGACUAUGGCUCGAUGCUGCUCUUGCCGUACCGGCUGCCAGUUGACCAACUGCGCAACGGUGGGUUUGAAGUAGACAUUGUCGCGGCUCGCGCGGCAGCCUAUGUCUUGCGCGUUCGGCGACCGAGCCGGUGGGACAAUUUUAUUUUCCGCACAGAGCAGCACUUCCAAAUCCUUCGCAAGAAUCUGCUCAAAGAGAUGGGCAGCAAGGUUGCGAUUCCAAGAUUGCCAGGCGCAUCUGCCCUGCACAGACCAGUUCUCCUUGACACGGCGUCCCUGCAAUUACCGACGUCAGCACGCUGCGACUCGGUAGGUGUGAGGGAAUCGCUUGCAAGGCCGCGCAAUGCCUUCGAGGCCGAUGACCAGGAUCUCGACAGCGACUCGGACGAAGAACCACAGCUGGACAAGCCUCGCUCAAAGGCUGCUAGGCGCUUGCAAAGAGCUGCGUUUGCUGGGCCAGCCGUCAAGCACCAGGUUCCGUCUCCGAAGCUUUUGAACAAAACGAGUCACGAAGGAAUCGUGCAAUCGCCAAGGAAGGUGGAAAUUCGGUCCAGAUCAGAUCCUAAAAAAACCCGCAUUGGGAAGCCCCCUCGCGAGCCUUCCCCGCCUGCCUCUGUCCAGUCGCUCAACCUGAAAUCAGAGUCAAAGCUCAAUCUGUCGCUCGCUGAAGGAGACGAAUUGUUGACAACAGAACGUGCAGCUCGCGCCAAGGAUUUGCGAAGAUGGCUUCGCGACGUUCUUGCCAUCCGUGGUGUCGGUCAUAGCCAUGCACUACAGUCUUUUCUUGUCACCGGCAAGGUUCCCGAGCACGAGCUGAAGAAGGCGAAGGCCGCUGUACAAGAAGCAUUGAUCGCUCAAGACUUGAAAGCGGAGGAAAGAAUAAUGAGCGCAGGUCGGGAUGCGUUCGUCUCUGGCGCGAUGCAAAACGAGGUCUUCAGUCUUGCCUACCGUUGUCUUAGUGGAGAUGAACUUUUGCAGAUACCCCAGUUCUUCAAGUCUUGUAGCGUCAUCGGCCAACUUCCGCGUGACUAUCAAUUGGCACUCAAGUGGAUCGCUUCUCAAGCUGCACAUUUGGCCUAUGGUAUUUUUGUAGCUGGCGACGAGUCUCACGGAAACCUGUCCCGUGCGAAGGAGCUGUACAAGAUGCUGCCUUGGCAGACGCUUGCGUCUUCAAUGCGCAGUCCUGCAUUCGCCAUGGUCAAGCAAAUUCAACAUCGGCUGCUCCAGCGGCGGUUCGUGCAAGAUAUGCUCGACUUAUUCCUGCAAGACGAUCCCGUGUCCAUCCAGAAAGAGCUCAAGCUGCUGCGACAAAGAAUUCGAUCGAACACGGUCGAGCAGAAGCUUCGCAGGUUCGUCGAAGCUCCGCAGGCGUUCAAGGCUAUGGUACGCCAGUCGGCGGACGAGGCUGGAAUCCCCCUUGUCGUUGCUAUUGUCCGCGGUUCGGACAACCCCCGCUUGAAUCGACCGACGCUCGAGCGCAUCAUUACAGCCAGCAAAGCCUAUAAGGAGUUCAUGGCAACCAGACCGACUGCGGUGCAAAAAAACAGCAACACAAGCCGCGAAUACCUGCUUGUGAAGGAUUUGCAGCGCAUGUUGCGCCUCUAUUCGCUGUGGCGAGAUGGACAUCAGAUCCGCUCCAUGAUUGCCAAGGCUGAUGUUGCUGAUGCGAUUGCUGAGUUGUGCCAGCCGAUCACGGACCUGCUCUGCACCAUGCAACGCGUUUCUGGCGGCGAAGACAGUCUAAUACACUUGGCGUCAUGGCUGCACGGCCUGCUAGACCUAUGUGAGGGUUUGCGAGCGCGAGUGCAGGACCCAGCCCGCUCGGUCGCUGCCAUUACCGAGCACAUCGAAUUUGGCUUCCGCGAUGGCUACGUGCUCUUGCACCAGGUCGCGCUCGAGGCGCCGGAUGUGCUGCCGUUUAGCCGCAUCCACUCAUUUCUUCAUGGGCUCGCCGCGGCCUCUUUGCACUUUCACUUUGAUGGCCCCUGCGCGCCAGUCUCGUCAGAGCAGAGCAAGUCAGGCGCUUCGGCUGGCGCCUCCAAUGCCGACUUGGGUGCAAUGGCAGGCGAGCUUGAAAGCCUCUCGCGAAAGCACCUUUUGCGCAGCCAGGAAAUCUUCGCACGCUGGAUCGCGGGUGACUGCGAAGACGAGUCUUCCAUCCUUGUUAUAGGGGACCUAGCGGGCAAGACGCGCAAAGAGCCGUUCUUCCCGCGCGAGCUGCCUGCCAAGCCCCACCUGCCUCAACUAGAUCAGCUUCUGGAUCAUUUCCGCGCCGCAUGCAAGCAGGCAUUCGAGGGCUCAUAAGAUGCUAUUUAGCCUCACAGCUCAGAAUCAUAUGGACUUCGCCCAUCGCU